AUGGCUCCGGCCGCGGGGAACGACCUCCCGCGCCUCACGAUCGCGCAGCAGCGCCGUCUACGGAAGCCGGCCGGAAGUGGCGCGAAGGAACAGUUUACGGCGGGCCGAGCGUUAAACGGGCGAGCGCGUCUUCGCGCUUGCGCAGAGCGGGCCGCUGCUCCCGCCCCCGAGUGCGGUGUGCCGUUGUGUUGCGGCGGGGGAUCGGGAGUCAUUGGCGUCCGUGCCGGGGGUCUCUUUCCUUCCUGCAGACGUGUUGAGGAGUCCGCGAGGACAGGUGCGCAUCAGGUGUCCCGCCUGGGGGCUGUCUUCGCUGCUGGCCCUCAGAGAGCCACAGACCAGGGGACCGCACAGCAAACAGCGUGUGUGGACAGUCCCGUGAGCUACAGGGACUGCGCUCACGCGUUAGGUCACCGUCGAAGCCCUCGUAGAAGGAGCAGGGACCCUGCAGUCCCCCGACUGCAAGGCGGGCCCUCAGAUUUCUCAGAGUCCCCUCGGGAGUGGAGACCACUGCCUUGCUCACUGCUACGGCUCUCCAGACCCGGAAGGGGAGAGGACACUUGCCUGGUCUGGCCACUGGACAAGUUUCAGAGGUUCAACCAUGGAUCCAUCAUUCCAGGGCCAAGAAGGCUCAUCCCGACGACCACUGGAAGGUUUACCCAAGUCAAGACAGCCCUGAAGCCCAAACUGAAGAGACCGCACUUCGAGAGGCCUCAAAGCCCCGCUCCCUGCACUCUGGAAACUGACAGGUCUGUGCGCGCCCGAAGCUCCAACUUUGGAAUCAACUGCGGACUUCAGACGGCUUGUUUCAUAGGGACUAAUCGCCCUAGCUCGUCUGUUGCUGUUGGGUGGCUUUGGUCCAGCAUACCUCCUACGUGUGCAGCUGUGCGGAGAUGUCUCCUCUUGCUGCUGUGUAUCUGCUCCUGCUCGGCCUGCUCGGCCCCCGCGCUUGCCACGCACACUCCGGACACUGGGAGUUCCAAGCCCAGCUUUACGGCACCGACCCCGUGGUGAUCCUCAACCACACCAGGUGGGAUCCCUCCCAGCCGGCUGUGUAUUUAUAUUUUGAUGCUUGCCCUAUUCAAACCAAAGACCCAGACAAGAAUUCCUAUUUCACGGGGUGUGGAGGCUUAAAGUGGGAACGAGAAUAUCGAACCAAUAACAAAUAUGUCUGUCCUGAAUGGCGCCAGGUACCCGGAGGCCAGGGGCGUCUAAGCCACUGUAGGGACAUUCUAGAUUGGUUCUGCCUCUACUGGGACUGCGCCAUGGACUAUGGGGGAUACUUGAAUACCCCCUUGACCCAGCUUCCAUCAGACCCUGAUUGCCAGCAAGGAGCUUGCAACCCAAUAAGGUACACUGUCCAGGACCCCGCCAACCAAGAGUGGACGGGUGGUCGCCGGAUGAGUGUCCGGGUAGAUGGCAGAGGAAGAGACCCAGGGGCAAUCAUAAAAAUCCAGAAAGUCUGGAUCCCUCCCGCCGUGUCAGUUCAUACACCAGAGCCACCGCUGUUCCCGUUAGCCCCCGAGCCCAGUGGAGACGUUGCCGGCCCACCAACACCUGGCCUGCCGGCCUGGUGAGCAGCGUGCACUGCGCCCUGCGGACUUCAGGGCCUGAGUUUGGGACCAGCUGUUGGCUCUGCAUUACCCUCACCGCUCUGGCCUGGCAGUCCCGGGAGCACAUGCCACACUACAAGACCAGAUUGCCCCCCUGGUUGCAGUUGUCCUCCACAACCGCGGGCCUCAGACCUGUUAGCGCCCAGCAAGGAGGCACGAGCUUAUUCUUAGAGGAAGAAUGCUGUUGCUAUGCCAGUAAGCGAGGUGUCGUCAGAGGAAGCCCUCGUCAACUGCAGGAACCAAUGGAGCCAAGAGCCUCAGACAAGCGAAGGAGUUCUAGUGGCGGCACCUCCUAGAACACUGGGAACUGUGGUUAGGAGCCCUGUGGGACCUCUUUGCUCUUCUCCUAAGCCUAAUGUUGGUGGCUGGGUGCAGCGGCACACGCCUGUCAUCCCUGCACUUGGGAAGCUGAGGCAGGAGGAUCGCUGUGAGUUUGAGGCUAGCCUGAACUGCAUAGUGCGACCCUGUCUCAAAAAUCAAAACACAGAUCCUAAUGUUAGGGCCUUUGGUCCUGAGCUGGCUCGCCAGAUCUGUGUCCCAAUACCUUGAUUCCAUGAAGCUUCAGGCGCUUGUCAGACAAGGACCCCACCGACCUUAUGUGGCCACCUCACCACAAAUCUGCACCCCUUGGAUGAGGACACGCAGCCAAGGGUUUGACAGCCUACAGAUGGGGGAAAUGAAGCGGAAAAGAGCACUCCGUCCAGUCGGGAGCUCCGCCCUGCAGCAAGCCUUUUACCCUUCAGAAAGUUUCUGCCUCCGAGAACGCUGCAGCCCUCUUCCCGGCACGUGUGAGAUACGUGGAAUCAAUGUCACCUUUCGAGCAGUCACCUCGCACCACCUUACGGAAGGAAGGGGAAGCUCCGAGUAACUCUGACCCAUCAGCUAACGAGGAGCGCCCUGCUCCUGUGCUUCCUGCGUGCUCCGCACCCUGGAAAAGCCUGCACACCGCGGGCUCGGGGCCUGGCCCUGGGAGCGACCCCGGCCAGGCCCGCUGGCGCCAAUAAAGCUGUGCGCUUGCCUCCAA